UAAUCGUAUCGAACACUGCAAUGCGUGCUUCACAGGACAGCUGUACUUCGUCGGUACCACGGAUUUUCAUUGCUUCUGUCGUAAUAAGAAGUAACAGCACAAAAGAACAGGACGACUCCAUUCCUGCAGACGUUAUGUCAGUGUUUGUUUUUCAGCUCUUCCCACAGAUGUUGUCACUUUGCUUCGGUUCCACAUUUCCACGACAGCUGCCUCAGACUUCAUUCCGGAAUCAGAGGGUCGUUUACCGUGUAAUACGUACACAGAGAAAACUUCAGCGAAACGAUCAAGGCUGCUCGUGUGGCCGUCGUCGUGUGGGAAGUGUAAAGUCCCUCUAGCAGUUUCGGUCGGCGACCCACCAGUUGUACGUUUGAAGACGCCUUUGCUUUUGCUGCGGUGUCUGAAGCUGAAACUUUCCGGCGCCAAUGUUCGACUAAGCAGAGAACGGAAAAAAAAGAGAAUCAGAGGCAAGUUACACAGAUGCUCUUGGUUUUCGAUGGCGGUUUCCGUUAAUACGGAGCAGGUUUCGUUGUAAAAUCGCCCACCUAAAUGACAGCUUCUGUUGCUUGUUUCCAUGAUUUUUUUCGUCUGAAGAAUCGGCCAACCUACACUGCCCCUCGGCCUCGGACCGACACCCGGUCAAAGUAGCCGUUCAUUUUUCUCCGUUUCUCUGUGGAAAUCGCUCUUGUUCUUUGCCUUGUUGACUUUCCUGUGGCGACGCAUACCAUGCGACUCGCAUUAUCCGUGUGAGUCUCGUUGUUUUUCUUGUUUCUGCCGCCUAUUACUUUUUCGCCGUUCAUGGCUGCUCCGGAUGGCUCCGUUGUGUCCGUUCUAGUGCGCGUUCGCGCUUCUGUAGAUGCAAGCGACUGCCGGCGCGUCAUCAGCUUCCGUCACGCUAGUGCCGUAGAACUCGCAGAACCUCACGAGUUGCAGCCUCCCGCAAAACGAAAUGAACUCUCCUGGUGUUCCCACUUGUCAGCUUCACCCGAUGACGAGAAGCAACAGGAAACCUGCGCGGUGGUUACCCUCCAGAAAUCGGCAGAUUUUCCCGAUGAUGGCAUCGGGCCAUUGAAGAAAGAAUGCAGAAAGCCGUGGGAGGAACUGACUCGAUGGGGUGUACGUACGCCCCCGCAGGCUGAGCGACAUCACCAGCCAGCGACCAAAGAAACUUCAAAGGAGACCCUAUACAAAAGAGGAAACACUGGAAAGAUGCACACGUUCCACGUGGACGGGGUUCUGGAAGAAACAGCCUCUCAAGACGACGUAUUUCGACAGGCUGGAAUUCCUGCCGCUCUCGCAGCCCUUCAAGGAAUCAACUCCUCGUUGAUUGUAUACGGCGCCACAGGCAGCGGCAAGACGCACACAAUGUUCGGUCCCCCUGAGGCUCUCCAAUCUCUCCACAAACAUCCGGAGCGAGGUCUCUUGAGUCGCGUUUGUUUCUUCCUCUUCGAUCGCCUUCGCGAAAAAACUUCGCUUUCUCCGGCCUUCCAAUUCCAGUGCCGUGCGACAGCCGUUGAGAUUUACUGUGAACGAUUGCGGGACCUUUUUGUGGCUUCUCCCCCACGUGGUCGGCUUGCUAUCCCCGAAGCUAAGACUCUCGUCCUGCGAGAAGAUCCGCAACAUGGAGUCGUGGUCGCCGGCCUUACUGAAAAAACUAUCAAAUCUGCCGACGACCUUUUACGCGUUUUCCGCGUGGCUCUCCGUCGCAGGCGAUUCCGAGAAACCCCAAAAAACGCGACGAGUUCCAGAUCCCACACGGUCCUUUCUCUCCACGUCGACACACGAACAAUUGCAAAGGGCACCGUCGUCACCAGUUGUUCCUCCCUCCACCUCGUCGACCUCGCAGGCGCAGAGCGACAGACCCCACAGGAGACACAUUUCGCCGUUCCCGCUUCUUCUCUGUGGCUGUCCUCGGCCGCCGUCAAUGAAAAAAGAAAAGAAGAAAAAACUCUAAUGGAGGAGGCAUGUUUCAUCAACAAAAGCCUUAGCGCCCUCAUGGCUGUGAUUUCAGAGGCCGCCAAUCGCCGAAACCACGGAAGAACAUCUGGUCUCUCCCCUCAAGCUUUUCCUGCUUCUUCGUCUUCUUCGUUUGUGCCUUCUUCCUCUCCCCCCUCUCCUCUUCCUCCUUCUCCUUCUGUUCUUUCUUCUGCUGCAUCAGUUCCGUUUUCGUUACCUUCGCUCGUGUCCUCUUCCGUUGCAUCGCGUCCACCGACCUCUGCGCAUUCUGGGUCUGUCUCCCUGCCUCUCUCUGCUCAAACUUCAUCCUCGUCUGCCUUCGCUCCUUCCUCCUCAGUUUGCUCUUCCUCAGACUCUUGUGUCCUCUCGUCUUCCACUUCCUGUUCUUUCAAUCAGUCGCUGCACCACGUGGGAACCUGGGCGCGGGGUCCUUCAGUCUCUGCAGGGAUCUGCGGAGACAGCGGAACCGGCAGGCAGAAAAGAUCUUCCACCCGGCAGGCGCAUGUCGCGACAGAGGGAAAGCAGGCGCCGUUGCUGAGAGUUCGGGACUCCAAGCUGACGUUUCUCCUCAAAAAUGCUCUGGUAGGAACGGCAGAAAAGAGUCUCGGUCUAUCCGAGUCGAGGUAA